CGCGCCGGGCGCCGCGGCCGCGCGGCCGUCGCCGCCGCCCCGCUCGGCAGAAGGCAGCCUCGGACCGCUGAUUGCCUCCGUGGCCGGCAUGGUGACGCUUGCUCUUGGAGGAGUGCGCGCAAGCCGCCGAGCGGGCGCACCGCGGCCGUCCCCGCGGGCGGUGUGGAUGAGCGCGGAGGCCAGCGACACCAAGGCCAUCGCCACAGUGGAUGAAGAUGAUGACGAGUACGACGACGAAGAUUUCGAUGAAGAUUACGACGACAUCGACUACGAUUACGACGAGGACGAAGAGGGCGAGGACAGGCAGCAGGACCGCCCUCUGCAAGGCGCGGUUCCUCAAGGGCAGCCCGAAGAAGUACCGCCGCGUGCUGUGGCAGAUCCGCGGCAGGUCCUACCGCGAGGCGCUCAUGCUGCUCGAGUUCUUGCCGUGGCGCACGUGCAAGCCAGUCCUCAAGUGCCUGCAGUCGGCAGCGGCAAACGCCCAGAACACCUACAACAUGGACACGACAAGUCCCGCCUGUACAUCAGCCGCUGCCAGGCCUACAAGGGCCCGUACAGCAAGCGGAUGAGGAUUGAGUCGAAGGACCGGCAUGGCGCAGAUGUACAAGAGGUGGACUACGCACCUCCACAUCUACGUGGCCGAGCUGAGGGACGAGGAGCUGGAGGACUUCGCGUGAGGCCCAACGAGGCAGAGCCUGCGGAGGCGUCAGCGUCAGCAGGCGACGCCCGCGCGCAGCCGCGAGCUUCGAGGGGAGGGGACUCCCCCCGCGCCUCUGCGUGUGCUGAGGGGGCACGGCGGCGGAUGUGGCGCUCCCGCCGCGUGGCCUCCUCCGCGGACCCGCUCGGUGCGCGGCGCCCGUGGGCGCUCGGCGCCCCGCGCGGGGCGGCUCCCCUCCGA